CGCGUGCGCGCUCUUUCAUAGGGUAGGCUAGUUCAAACAGUAGGGUUUUAAGCAAGAUUUAUGCCAAAUAUCUAAAAUUAUACGCUAGUAUUUGUUUACUAAAUAGAAAUUGUUUAAGCCUGUAAAUCUGAUUAAAAGCUUUAAUCUAUUCAUCCGUCUGUCUUUUUAAGAAACGUGCAAAUGCGUAGUGUCCAAGCAUCAUUGAAGGAAUUCAAAUCUGUGCGGCUAUAAGAUACUUAUAAUGUUCCACAUACUUGCAAUUGUCUAUUGUCUUUCAUUUCUAAUAUCCUAAUCCCAAUGGGUAUUGAGCUGCUGUUGAGCCAUCAUUUCUGGUAUUCUAGGGUUUUGAAAUAACUCCAUUGUUACACAAACAUCCAAUUUGGGUACUGUGAAUCAUCAUUAAUGGUAUCUUAUUCCAUGUGGGUGCUGAGAUAGUUUUAUAAUUUCAUAAAUAUUCAAGUGGGUACUGUUCAAUCAUCAUCUCUAGAAGCCUAAUUGAUUGGGUUAUUGAGAUUGAGCAGUGGAAACUGUGAGAUUUUCCCGCCUAGUAAUGGAAAAAUCUCCCACAACCCCCCUUUUGGAACCAUCUGACCUUCAGGGAUGCCAACAAGAAGUGCCUUGUCCGGAAGACAUCCCACUUGUGGUACCAUCUGACCUUGAGGAAUGCCAGCAAGAAGUGCCUUCUCUGGAAGACUACGUCCCUACAUCUUUUUGGGAAAUCUGGAAGGAGUCCAAAAAGGUGUUGAGCUUGAUUGCUCCUGUGGGAUUUAACAGGGUAUCCACCUAUGCCUUAGGGAUUGUCACUCAAGCUUAUGCUGGCAAACUCGGCACUGUAGAACUUGCUGCCGUGUCCAUGGCUACUAUUACAAUUGGGGGAAUCUCCUUUGGGCUUAUGACAGGGAUGGCAAGUGCGCAACAGACGUUGUCUGGUCAAGCAUUUGGUGCAAAGAAAUUUAACCUUCUUGGGGUUUACCUGCAGCAAUCUUUUAUAGUAAUGAAUGCAACUGCGCUUCUAUUCAGUUUAGUGUAUAUUUUUGCAACACCUCUUUUAAAGUUGCUGGGGCAAUCAGACCAGGUGGCUGACCUGACUGGACAGUUUGCCCUUUGGUCCCUUCCUCAACUAUUUGCAUAUGCAAACUAUUUUCCUAUUCAGAAGUUCUUCCAAUCACAACGAAAAGUCAUCGUCCAGGCUGCGAUCUGUGCAGGUGCAUUGGCUUGUCAUCUUUUCUUGAAUUGGUUGCUAAUCACUAAACUUGGGUUUGGACUUCUUGCGUUGGCAAUGGCCUUGAAUGCAUCCUGGUGGUUAGUAGUUAUAGGACAGCUUUUAUAUGUUGUGAUUGGACCAUUCCCAGACACAUGGACUGGGUUCUCAGUUGAUAUCUUCCACGACGUUUGGAGCUUUUUAAAGCUUACAGCUUCAUCCGCUGUGAUGGCAAGUGUUGAGCUCUGGUACUAUAGAGUUUUGGCUAUUUUAGCUGGAAUCCUGAAAAAUCCAGCAAUCGCAGUGGAUUCAUUUUCUAUAUGUUUAAGUGUAUAUGAAUUACUCAUGAUGUUCAAUAGCCGUGCUGCAACAAGUGUCAUAAUAUCACAUGAAUUAGGAGCUGGGCGUCCAAAACGUACGCUAUUUGCUGCCUAUGUUUGUCUAGGCAUAGCGAUGACUUUUGGGACUAUAUUUUUCACUUGCAUUAUCAUAGCUAGACAUGAUAUAGCAUCCAUCUUCACCAGCAAUGCCAUUGUUGGUCACAUGGUGUAUGAGUUGUCAAUAUUACUCGCAUUUACACUGCUUAUCAAUAGUGCUCAACCAGUUUUUUCAGGAGUAGCAGUUGGUGCAGGAUGGCAACGUUAUGCGGCUAUAGUGAACAUAGUUUGCUAUUAUUUUAUUGGUGUUCCUAUUAGUGCUCUUCUUGCGUUCAAGUGCAAUCUCCAAGUGAAGGGAAUUUGGAUUGGACUUCUGGUUGGGACUUCAUCACAGAUAGUGAUACUUGCAUUUAGCAUUUACAGGACAGACUGGGCUAAACAGAUAUAGGUACCUGGUGGAUGCUGGCUGUUGAUUAGGUCAAUUCCAAUAGUUGUCAUGGGGUUUUAGAAGGACAUUUUGAUGAUUAUGGAGGCCCUCUCCUUGUUGAUUAAGGAGUAGCAGUUGGCGCUGAAGUGAAUAUAGUUUGCUAUUGUUUUAUUGGUGUUCCUAUUAGUGCUCUUCUUGGGUUCAUGUGCAAUCUCCAAGUGAAGGGAAUUUGGAUGGGACUCCUGGUUGGGACUUCAUCACAGAUAUUGAUACUUGCAUUCAACACUCACCGGACUGCUUGGGAUAAAGAGCCAAAGAUCGUUUCAAAGUAUCAGGAAGAUCUCGUCUGUCCUCUAAAUGAAUUAUGCCUUACCUUCUUUCUGAUUUGAGGUAAAUGCAUUAAUGAUAACCUGUAAAUCUAGUAGUAGUAAUUAAUGAAAAUGCUCUUUACAGGAAAGUGGGUUUUGCAUUUUGAUUUGAGUUGAUAGUUGUAAAUUUCAGAGCUCACAGCAAGCUGACUUUUUCAGGUGACGCUCUUAUCAUUUAUUUCUUGUUUAGAUAUUAUUAUUUUCAUUUCUUUGCUUUUUUUUAAAUGCUAAUAUAACAAUGUGAGUUUUGUGUAGCCUUGUGGAUGCUAGUUGUUGAUUAGGUCAAUUCCAAUAGUUGUCAUGGGGCCUAAGAAGGAUAUUUUGGUGAUUAUUGAGGCCCUCUCCUUGUUGAUUAAGGUUAGUGUUGUCAUUUUAUGACACCCUUGGUCCAUCAGUAAGAACCGAUCAGAGAUACGAUCUAUGGACCGGUGCUGCCCUAGUUGAUUAAAGACAAAGCAGAAGAAUCAUGAAGUGUGAAGUGUUGCCUUGUCCGGAGGAAGUUCCUCUCUUGGCCUUUUCUUCCUUCCCCGGAACCCCAAAAACCUGAGGUUCCAAAGUUCUUUUGCGCAGUUCCGCCUUUUCCUUGCCUCCUCCUAGUUCCCGAAACUCUGGAACCCCGAGGUUCCGAAGUUCCUUUCCCUUGCCUUCUCCGAAGUUCCCUCCUAGCCUUUCUUCCUUCUUUUCUCCGGAACUUCGGAACCCCGAGGUUCCGAAGUUCUCUUCCUUUGCUUCCCUUUCUUCUCUCCGGAACUCCGGAACCCUUCCGAAGUUCCUUCCCUCCUUGCCUUUUCUCUCUAGUUUCCUCGGAACUCCGAAACCUUGAGGUUUCGAAGUUCCUUGCUGCUCUCCUUUCUCCUUCUCUAGAACUCUGGGACCCUGAGGUUUCGAAGUUCUUUCCUUGUCUUCCCCACUUCGGGAACCCGAGCUUUCAAAGUCCCCGGACUUCUUUCCGACUGGCGACACUUCCAGAUGGCGUGAUCGACACUCAAGGCUUUAUAUGCUCCGACAGUUUUGGUGACUUAUGUACUUUCUUUUGUGGAACUAUAAGGGUGCAUUUAAUGUUUUUAGCAGGAUUUCCAUCAAGGGAGGUACGGGGCCAUGCUUGUUGUGGUGACUUAUGUCAUGUCUGCAUACUUUGACUUUGGAAGGUCAGUCAAACCACCUUCUCAGAGUUGCCUUUGUGGGUAUGGCUAAGUUGCUUGCAAGUAUUGAGGUCAAGUGCAUGCACUUCCCUGCACUUCCAGAUUGACAUACAGGAGUCAUGAUCACCUUUGUAACCAUUUUUCUAUAUAAAGGCUGUUAAGCCUCAUUGUAAAGGGUUCUCUCCCUAUUGCCUUGAGCUUUCCUAUGCUCUUUCUCUUCUCUUGAAGACUUGUAAUUAUUUUUGCAAAUCUGUAACUGUAAGUUUGGCCUUUGGCCUUUGAAUGAACUGAAAUUACAUUCUUGCCUUCCUUCAA